UUAAAUUAGGUCAAAUUAAUCAUUAAUAAAUAUCUUUAAAAAACAGAAUUGAGAUUAUAAUGGAUAAAGUAGUACUUAUUUGAAAGAGAUAAUUUGCGAUGGUCGCUCUAUUUAAUUGAUUUUUCAAUAUUUUAAAAACGAUAUAAUUGUAAAAAGCAAGGCAACCACGUUCUCCAUUUUCCCUCCCACACGGCCCACGUUAAUUGUUAUGUGCACGUAUUCUUCUAUUAAUAACUGUUCCCCUAUACGUAAAACUGUUACUUGUAGAUUUCUGUUUCUCAUUAUCUUCCCAAACUUUACUUUAAUUCAUCUAUAUCAUGGCUUUGACGUGUUUUGGUAACGUGUUGUUCAUCUCAAUUAUAGUUAUUAUUACGUCUUCUCUUGAAUUAGUGAAUGCCUCAUCCAUGGAAUUCCAAGUUGGUGAUACUACUGGUUGGACAGUUCCUCCCCAAAAUGACACAAUUUUUUACAACAACUGGGCUUCCGCUAUGAGGUUCAAAAUUGGCGACACUAUCCGUUUCAAGUACAAGAAGGAUUCAGUGAUGGAGGUGACGGAUAAAGAUUACAAGAAAUGCAACUCAACACAGCCUCAUUUCUUUUCCAACAGUGGGAACACCAUGUUCACGUUGGAGCAUUCUGGCUAUUAUUAUUUCAUAAGUGGAGCAGCAGGACACUGUGAGCGAGGACAACGAAUGAUACUAAGGGUUAUGGUCCAGGAUCUCAUACCUACUGCUUCUCAUGCUCCAUUCUCAUUCCCAAUCUUUCAACAACUUCAACUUCUCUUCUUUCUUUUCCUUUCACUUGUUUUAUUUUAACUUCUUACUGCGACGUUGUUUUUCUUCUGCAUUGGCAUACUUUGUUUAUUUUUAAUCUUCUAUGCGUUUCAAUUUAUUUAUCACAUUUUCCCCCCUUUAGCACGUUUCUGUGACAACGCAUCCCAUACAGGCUUACUGGAUGUAUGCAAAAGGUCUUUCCUUUAAAAAAAAUUGUGUUCAAUCAAACACCAUUGAGAGUUAUUGUUUUAA